AUGGCUGCAGUGAGCGAUGACGAGUACAAUCUUGCCUUUUUGGACGAAGAGAAUAUUGAUCUUGAUGAAACUGACGCGGCAUCAACUCGAGUUAUUCAACUUGAUAGAGAUUCGGAAAUCCCAACACGAUAUUUGAUUCGAAAGAUAUUUUCUCCACAGUUAGAGCCCCCUUAUCACUACGAUCCUGCUGCAGAAACAUCCCAGAGGAAAAAGAAGGUAAAAGUUCCGCUUUUGUUUAUUAAUUAUUGUUCUUCAAAGCGACACAUUGACAAUUGAAAACCAAAAGUUGUCUGUUCGUUUUUUGAACAUAUGUGCCCCCGAGAGAUGUGAUUUCCCGUUAUCAGAGGUAAAGGGUUAACGCUGCCAGUGUUUAGUAGACAAUAGAAUGACAGGUAAUACAACUUAAAUAGUGAACUAGUACAAAAGUUUGCAGCUUCUCGGCCGGGGCUUUCAUAACACCGUUUACGCGCCAUUUAAGCUUAUCUUUCACGGAAAAUUGGUACAGUAGCUGCUUAUCAUUCUUUGCAAUUAUAAAUUUCAGCGUAUUUUAGACUGCACAUUAUGGACAUAAAGGGAAGCCUCUUUCACUCCACAAAAUCGUGCUUUGGGGAAAUAAAGUCACUUUCUGUCAUUUUCCUAAAGGAAAUUAACUCCUGCAGAAUGUUUUAUCAUGGCAAAAAUUGACAAGUUUGUCGGUUUAUCUAAAAAUGAUCACUUGCCGCGUCAAUUUGUUCUCCUGCGAUUGGUCAGAAUCAUUUUCGAACGUCUGCAUUUUGUACUUUUACUGGGUUUUGUUUUAUCAAAUUAAUUCUGACAUGACAUUUGUAAGAACUUCAUUGUCUUUGAUGGACAGCUUGCGUUGUUUGAUAAUGUUUUCGUGACAUCCGCAUGCACGCAGACAUUUAAUCUGCUAAGUGACAGUUUUUUAGCCAUAUAGGAAAUACUUAUUCAUAAUUUUCUGAUAAAUGACUUAAAAACGCUCUAGUUGUCAAAACUCUGUUUCACUACAGAUGCUUGUAAUAACUUUCCCAUUUAUAAGCUUGGUUACUUUUUACCUCUUUUCAUUUUGAUUAUAAUUAUAUUGAGGUGUUGCCAGGAUUAAUAUUGAGCCCAUUUUUACCUCAUUUGGAGAAGAGGGGUGUUCCAAUCUUUAGUGAGUAUUUGAUAACAAAUACAAUAUACGUUGUCGAGGGAAACAUCAUGACUCGAGAGAAAACAAAACUAACUGGUUUCCAGAGGAAUCUGACAUUAAUUGUUUUGUUAUAUUUCUAGACUUUCACUUCAACAAAAGAAUAACUGCAGCAAAUCGAAACAGUCGACUGGGUACUUAUAAGAACACAACUUGAUUUCAUUCUCAAAACCACAGAAUGAAUGAUUUACAAAGUACUUUCCUUACAUUAUCUGCAUCCUUUUCCUCCACUAGCUGCUGUUUCUCCUCUGGGACAACUUUGAAAAUUGUUGCUUUUUAGCUUGAGGCUUGAUGGUUGUGUUGUUGUGCCUGUUCAUUCACAAAAAAGAAAACUGGCCGUGUUUUUCCCGCCUUCUGUCACGCCACUUUCCAUUAUGCUUUGAUCACGUGCUGUAAUGUAUCCCAAGCAGAGUACAAUUGCUAAAAUGUAUCAUGAUCAGAACCAAUUUGAUUUUAGUCAAGGCCAUUGUGACCAAAAAUCAACCAAUGGCAGUCCCUUUUUAGUUGAGUGAAAGUUUAGGAAUAUAACAAUAGGCCUUGUCACAGUUUUGGAAGCCAUCUUGGUGAGUAGGCAACCGUGUGAGAAAUUACAGUGUUUGUAUGAGAGUCUAAUGUCGAAUACCGUAAAAAUCCGAAAAUAAGCCCCGGGGCUUAUAUUUUUCAAAGGCCCUUUUAAAGAGGCUUAUUUUUGGAGGGGCUUAUGUUCGGAGAGGCUUAUCUAUGUCGGGAAAUUUGCAUUUCUAAAUCGAUUGGGCAAGCCUUACAGUUGGAAGGAAAUUUACCGUUUUUGCUUUGUUUUACUUUGUAUUUGACGGCAGUUUCCAAGUACAAGCCCCCAGGGGCCCAUAUUUGGAGGGGUGAUUUAACGGACGUUUUUUUACGUUACAAGUUUGGGGGGCUAAUAUUAAAAUGGAGGGACUUAUUUUCGGAAUUUUAUGGUAAUUUCCAUAAAACGCCUGUUCUGAAAAAAGUAUGAAUUUUAAACUAAAACUACACAGCAAAAGAUUCUACUAACAAAUGUUUGGGGCCAUAACUGUGCUUAAAUUUCCCCAGACACUUGCUUUAGAUUUUCCGUAUAUUUGUCUGCAGUUUUUCCCAGGAAAUGUUAGUCAGCAGGAAGAGAAAUUUUUAUAGACAAAUGUACAGAAAAUUUUAAAAAGUUGUUCUAGCGCAUGCAGCUGCAUGCAAUGCCCUCAUUUUCAGUAGAAUGCUGAGGAUUGAAGCUUUAGUUUCCAAUUCAUAUUUUUUUCAGAACAGGCGUUUUAGCAAAAUUAUUCAACAUAAGAUUCUCAUACAAACACUGUAAAUUUCUGUCAUGUUUGCCUACUCAUCAAGAUGGCUUCCAAAACCAUGACAAGAUUUAUGCUAGAUGUGACAACUAACCUUGUGAAUGCUUCCCAUUUCUGCAAGAACUAUUGUACCCCCUAAGAAUAUUUCAAUAAAUAAUAUUUUGCUUUUGAACAAAAAGCCAAAAUUAAAGUAAAUUUAUUACAUAUCAAGUGCAGUAUAGUAUACACUUACAAAAAAGUUGUGAGCAGACCGUUAAUUUUUAAAGAGGUUUGCUUCCAUGCCAAUAAUAAAUUUCAGGAAAAAAAAUUCACAAUAAUCUUUUCAAAGGAUAUUAUAAACCGUGAGUUUUUGAUGUGAGUGGUGUGUACAUAAUGCUGCAUCUGUUAGAAGAGCAGAAGACAUGUGUAUUAUACCACAGCAGUUAUGAAAAUUACCAAGAACAAGUCAUUUGGGAGGUGUAGUUUCCAUUAGAAACCUUUUAGAUUCUAAACUGAGGACCACUGUGUGGACAUGAUUUUCUAAAUACCAAGUAAGAACAGUAGAGUGCCCACAUGAACCAGAGUUAUUUUGGGCGGAAAAUGUGACACAGUAGCUGUCGUCAUUCUAUUGUAUGAGUUUUAGUGAGAAUGUUGAAGUGGCAGAAACAAGUUAUCAAAGGUUAGAAGUUUCAUCUUUACUAAUAAGUAAAGCUUCCAAGGUGUAUUUUUUUGAGAAAACGUAAGAAAAACUUUGAGUUAAAUUAAAUUCUUCUCAUAGUUGUCCUUGUUCUUGAAACUAAAGGUGUCUAAAUGGGAUGCAUUGAAUGCGAGAAAUCAGGUAUGCUGUGAGUCAAAUUUAGCUAAUUUUUAGUUUCAUUUUGGUAACGGUAGGUCCAUAGCACAUGGGGAACUCCCACUGGAAAGGCAAGAUAUCGGCCCCCUCAUCCUGAUGAUCUUGUUGCUCUUUUGAGUUUUGAAGCUACUCCAAAUUCAAGCAUCUCACAACUUGAUGAGUCCACUGUUAUGAAAAUAACUGAAGUGGUAACAAAGAAAAGUGGUGACGCAAAACUAAUAGCCCUGCGCUACAGUGGUUUUCAAAUUCUGGUGCUGUUUUCCAGUUCUUCUGGUUAUGAAACACUUGGAAAGUGUUUCUUGAAUAAAGAGAUUGAGGAGAUCCAUCAUCUGAAACUCACUGAGAUUCAAGGUAAAAUGUUAUGUCUUAGGCUAUGCUCACAUGGUACUGGUCAAAUUUUCAACCUAUCAAAAAAUCUGUACAGUUAGGUGUUCUGUUCACACGGAAUCCAUGCUAACUGUACAAAAAUUUGAACACCUUGCUGUUCAAACAUUUGAACACUAGAAUUAGGUCAAGUUUUUUGACCAAUAUGGGCGAAAAUUUGAACGGCAAGGUGUGAACUCUGUGACUGGCUGAAUUUUUGUAUGGGAAAGGCGUGGUUGCAUGGAUGUGUGGUUACUCAGCUGGAAAAAGGGAGGGAGAUUGCAAAGAGAUAUGAACAUGGAUUUACAAAUCAUGUUAUUAUUACAGUUCGACAGUCCAGUGUGAACAGCACAAAAAUAUUGAACAGUUUCGUGUGAACAAAGUGUCUGCUCAAAUUUUUUAACUGGUCAAAAAAUCGACCAGGACUGCAUGAACAUAGCCAUAUUGUGUAAAUCUUUUUGCCUCCUUUGAGAAAAAUAACCGUGUUUACAUUAAGUGUUAUUAUAUUUGUUAUAACUAUGCUCACUGUGUAAACUGCAUUGUAGAUCAAUGUCUUCUUCACAGACAUCUCUCACCUGUUUUAAAAGCAUAAAACAAUGAUUUAAAAUCUUACCACGAAAAUUUCUGUGACCACCAAUGAUUGACCUUUGACGUUAUUUUUUUUCUAUAAUACAAUUGUUUGUCUUUUUAUUUGUUUCUUUCUCAUAGAAAAAAGGAAACAAACAGAGAGAUACUUAGGUAUUUGGAAAAAUCUGGGAUAAAAAUGUUUGCCCAUAGUAUAGUAUAUACAAAAAUGAGGAAAAAUUGAGUUUUUGUUUGAGACAUUAAUUUGGUGACCUUUACAGGAGACUUGGAAGUGUUUUCUGCUUCCAGAUAACUCCUGGAUGAUUAGGAAGAGUUGGCAUACAUUUAUUUAAAGUGUCAGUAAUAUACAUGUAAGUGACUUGCUGCUGAUAUUAAUAUUAUGUAUAAUUGUCUCUCUUCUUUGUCUCUUAGCUGUGUCUCUUGCAACUCCUCCACCCUGUUAUAUAGAAAUGGCUGUUCCAACUGGUGAAGGACCAGCCCUGAAAGGAACCCUCACAUCAUUACUGGUGCCUCAUCAAUCUGUGUUCCCAUUUGUGUGCAUCAGAGAACCAGAACAUAAAUUCACCAAUGGAGGUAGCCCUUCCAAUUCUCCUGCCUCUAAAACCAGGAGAAUCGAUGAUCAUGGCCUCACAUCACCUGCUGUUGGCAUGAUGCUGAUGUUUACCCAGCGAGCACAAAAGAAUUCUGACAGGUGUUUGGAUGUAGUUAAGUCUAGUUCUACAGACUGGGAGGAGGUGAAAGUUCCACAAGCCAUCUCUGAAGGAGAUGAGGUUUAUUUCAAGACUGCAAAUAUUGAUGGGCCACUUUUUGCAGUGAAGAGACUUUCACCCUGUCCUGGAGUUCGCAUUUUACUCUAUGUGAACAACAAUAUGGAUGAGAUGGAGAAAUUUUACACGUUAAUCACUGGUAAAACUCCACUUGCUUAUAACAAGAUUGAGGAAGGCUUGAGCUACCGUAAAUUUCCACUCUCUGACAAACUAGAACUUGAACUUGUUUUGCACCCAUCUCUCAAAUCACACACUGUGAAAAACACUGCACUUUGCUUCAUGAUGAAUGGAGUAAACAAAAUGUGUUCUGAAAUUCCAGGUGGAGUUCGAAACAUUGGAGAAGGACAUUGGCAAGUCAAAGAUCCCCAGGGGAAUGCAGUUAUACUUUAUAGUUUGUUAAAAUAGUUGGCUGUUUAUUUUUGUAGCUUUUAGACAUGAAGUUUUACAUUUUCUUUCCUUUUUCAAAAUAGUACUAGGCCACUUUUUCUGGGAAAAUACUCUAUAAAGUAACAUGACUACAUGUAGCAGCAAACACAGAGAGUCCUUUGGCAUUAAUGUACUAUCAACACAGGAAGCCCAAGCUCACAAUUGUGAAUUGUUGUAUGAUCCAUUAAAUUUCAAGAGUUCGGAUUGUCUUGAUCACAUUUUAGGAGUCAAAGGGUAGCAGAAUGCCUUACCUUGUCUCCAUUUGAGUGUGUGUUCCUGGCUUUUAAGGCUGUUUCAGAGUGAUUCCAGUAAGUUUUAGUUGCAAGAGAGAAAAACAGCACAAUAAAACCUGAUAGAAUCACUCUGAAACAGCCUCAAAUACCAGGAACACACAGUAAAUAGCCCAUGGAGACAAGGUAAGGAAUUCCUCUCCUGUUUUUUACUCCUGUAUAGCAAUUUCUGUAAUACUCAUACAAACCCC